AUGGGACGGUGGAUAAAGUUGUUGAGGUAUAUGAAGUGUCACUGCAUGCAGUCACUGGCUGUUCGUGGCUAUGAUAUUAAGAUAGAAUGUAUCAAUGCAGAAAAGGGCAUCUUGACGUGCCUUCCAAAUCCCAAAAUUGUUGAGUUAAAGCGACAAAACCCAAGGCUUGGUGAAGUGAGUCUGUGUGAGGAGAAAACAAUCUCUGCAAGAAUGCCUGUCCAUAUAAUGCUUGGGGUUUCUGAUUUCCAGAGGAUUAGAACCAGUGGAAAUCUCAUCUUAGGUACUAACCCAGAUACGGAUCCGGGUGCAGAGUUCACAAUGCUGGGGUUGACGGUGUUUGGUGGUAAACAGAAUGGAAUGCAGCCUGUAAAGAACUUUUUGCUUCACCCUGCCCAAAAGGAGUUUGAGAAGUUGUGUAACCUAGACGUCCUUGGAGUGGCUGAUCCAAUUGAUAAGCAAGUUUUUGUGCACGAAAGCUUCAGGCUACAACUCGAAAAGAAUGAUGCAAGAUUUUACGAAACUAGACUGCCUUGGAAACAGGGGCGUAGGAACCAGGGGCACGGGAGGCACGUGCCUCCCCCCCCCCCCUAAAAGUGCCCUUUUUUGUGAUGAAAUGUGCCCUUUUUUGUGAUGAAAAGUGCCCUUUUUUGUGAUGAAAAGUGCCCUUUUUUGUGAUGAAAAGUGCCCUUUUUUGUGAUGAAAAGUGCCCUUUUUGUACAAGCUAAUGUCGCCGUAAAUACUAAAUUAACAUCAAAGGUGCCCUUUCCAAGUUUUUAAAAAAAAUUUGGUCAAAAACCUGCAAUUUUGGUAUGGUAUGACGGGAAAAUAUUUCUCCCCCCCCCCUCCCCCGUCGCAAACAUUUCCGGGAAAAAUUUUUUAGGUGCCCUUUUCAAUACCCUAAAGUGCCCCUAGAAGCCGGUCCCCCCUCCCCAAUCUUUUGAUGCUUCCUACGCCCCUGCUUGGAAACCCUAUCACAUGGCAUUGCCCGACAACAAGCAAUUAUCAAUUGCAAGACUACGCAGCACCACUCGAAAACUAGAAAAGAAUGGAAAGGUAGAGAAAUACAAUAAAAACAUGCGGGAACAAUUAACUACUGGUUGAUUGAACACGUUCCUGAGAGUCCGAGCGGAAAUAUAGUUCACUACGUUCCCCACCACCUGUUAUCCGAGAACAAGCAGAGUCAACCAAGAAGCGUAUAGUCUAUGACUGCUCUUCCAAGGCAAAUCAAGUGCCGUUCCUAAACGACUGCUUAGAGACUGGACCUUCAUUGCAAACGCUAUUGUUUGACAUCUUAGUACGAAAUCGUUUUCGUAGGUAUUGUGUAACUGGUGAUGUGAAGAAAGCCGUCCUACAGAUCAUGAUUCAGCGUUGUGAUCGCGAUGCCCAACGUGUGCUCUGGUAUGAUGACUUGGAAUGCUGUAAUAUAGUUGCAUGAAUAUCGGUUUACGCGUGCGAUAUUUGGUUCCACAUCUAGUCCGUACAUACUGGGGGCAACUUUGGAGAAACAUUUGGAACAAUAUGAGAACAGGUACACUAGUACAGUUAAAUCCCUACGCAAUGACACGUAUGUUGAUGACAUAUUGACAUCCAAGGUGGCGGAAAUUCCGAGAAGAUGUCAUCAAAUUCAAGGUCGAAUCAACUGAAAUCAUGAAUGAAGCUGCUUUCGAAUUGCAUAAAUGGCACAGCAACUGUCCAGCCGUUAAGUCAACAAACAACGCGAACGAGAAUGAGACCACCUAUGCAAAAACCUUUGUCGGGAACGUAUCAUCCAAUGAAACGAAGAUUCUGGGACUACCCUGGAACAAGAAAACCGAUGCCAUGACCAUUAACUUUGAAACUUGUAUUGAAGUUAAGAAACCCGUCACGAAACGGAAGGUCAUUGGUGCAAUCAACAGCGUUUAUGAUAUUCUGGGUUGGUCUUCGCCAAUUAUUAUCACUGCCAAGAUAAUCUUCGCGGAGAUUUGUUUGUUAAAGAAGCACUGGGACGAACCGUUACUUGGAUAA